AUGAACGAGCUGGAAGUCGAGCUGAACUGUUUCCAACGGGUGCGUGAAUACGCAGAUAUCGAACCUGAGGAACACCUGAGUGAAGACCACGCAAAAUCCUUAGUCGUCCCAGCCAGCUGGCCUACAUCCGGCCGUGUCGAGUUUCAUAACGUCACCGCGCGAUACCAGGAAGACGGCCCCGACGUCCUACGCAAUGUGUCUUUCGUCGCGAAUCCAGGGGAGCGCAUUGGCCUCGUCGGUCGAACAGGAAGUGGCAAAAGCACCCUUGGACUAUCGUUAUUACGAUUUGUGAACAUCGCCUCUGGUCAGAUAACCAUCGAUGGAGUCGACAUCACCAAGAUCCUCCUCAACCGACUUCGCACCAGCGUAACCUUGAUCCCGCAAGAACCAGUCCUUUUUUCGGGGGACGUCCACUCGAACCUCGACCCAUUCGGCGAGUCCAGCGAAACAGAACUUGCCUCCGCCCUGGCAGCCUGCACCUCCAUCCAUGUCCCUGACAGCAGCGACCAGGCAGACCACGCCCAUCCCGCCAAAACGGCCCGUCCUCUCGCCCUGGAUACGCCUGUGGCGGCUAACGGCGAGAACUUCAGCCAGGGCCAGCGUCAGGUGCUCAGUCUCGCCCGGGCCAUGUGUCGACGGUCAAAGGUCGUGCUGCUGGACGAGGCGACGGCAUCCGUUGACCAUGAGACGGAUAUGCAUAUGCAGCGUGUCCUGAGGGAGAUGUUCCCUGAUUGCACUAUUAUCGCUAUCGCGCAUCGGCUGAGGACCAUUAUGGACUAUGAUCGGGUGCUUGUUAUGGCCGAUGGGGAGAUUAUUGAGAACGAUACGCCCGCCAACCUUGUCAAGAAAGAAGGCAUCUUCUGGGAUAUGUUGCGCAAUACGGGCGAGUAUGAUGAGCUUGUUCAGAUGAUUGAGACAAAGCCUUCUACUUCGUGA